AUGGAAAGAGAAUCAAUGAAAGGUUACCUGUUCAACUGUGACAAUACAUGCGAGCUAAAAGAAGUCGAAGCACUUCUCUUUGAAAUGGAAGAGAAGCACAACCUGAAGAUCGAUGUUGAAAAGCUAUAUUUUGGAUUGAAAAGCAUGUCUGAAAUUUGCGACAGUAAGAUUCCUCACUUAAAAAUUGAUUUUGCCGUUUUCGCUGUCCAUGCAGAUGAAUCUCGGCUUUCGAUCAACGAAGAAAACGCUGGAAUUGGUUACGCCAAGUUGUAUAAAGCAUUGUCAAGAGCCACGGGUGAGUAUUUCAAGGGCGGAAGCGUUUGAAAAGUCGUACUUUCGUAAAUAAAGCCGUUCCGGUGUUACACAACAAGCAUAAAAGGGUCUGAAGUACCACUUUGUUAUGAAACAUCGAUGACAGCUUUUACCAGUCGGGUUUACCGUAUUGUUUUAUCAUUAUUCAGUUACUUUCACUUUCGAUAAUGGCUCCAACAGAGUCCCGCCGCUUAGACUAACAAGUCGGGCCAUGCUUAGUUUGCUACAAAGUAUGAGUUUGAAUCUUGUAUUUAAGGGUUAUUCUGGUGAACUGAGGAAAUAAAGUAUUAAGAGUAUCGACAAAAUUAGGAAUUACACAACCGAUGAAAGCAUUAUUUUUUAAUUUUAAGUGCAAAAUCAAAUGGAGGGUACCCUUGGCAAUUUCAACAGAGGUAUUUUCAAGCCCAAAGCUACAAAAGUCAUGACACUCACAUUGAUAUAUAUUGUUUUCCUUUUCAUCAUUAUGAUCACUGUCACCGUCUCUCUUACUUUUACUGUCACUGUCACUUUCAUUGUCACCGUUAAUGUCACUAUAAUUUACUGUUACUUUCGCUGUUAGUGCCACUGUUUUUGUCACUGCCACUGACUCUGUCGCAAAAAUUUUCACUGUCGCUGUUACUGUUUUUUUCUUUGCACUCGCCCUGUCACUGUCUCAGCCACUGUCACUCGCAUCGUCACUGUUGUCGUCUCGGUCACAGACUGUCACUGUUGUUGUUAUUGUCGCCAACACUGUCGUCAUUAAUGUUACUGUCUCAGUCACCUUCCCUGCCAUUUUCACCGUCAUUGUCUCUGUCACAAUCUCUCUCAAUUUCAUUUUCACUGUCACAAUUUCUGUCACUGUUAUUCUCUCUGUUACAGUAUCUACCACUUUUAUUGUCUCCAGCACAGUCUCUGUCACUGUCACUGUUAUUGUACUUGUACCUGUCCCCGUGCCUGUCACUUUCGACUGCCUUUACCCAUGCUGUUACUAUUGUCAUUGUCAUCAUUAUGAUCGUCGUCAAUAUCAUUGAUCAUCAUAGUAUUUUUUAUGACACCAUUGCUAUUAAUAUUAUUACUACUAUUAUUAUUAUUUAGUUAUAAUGGUUGUUUGAUUAUACAGGUGACAAAGUGUUGAUAGUCAUCGCUGGAGACAAGGAUUACAAAGAUAAAACUGAACAGGAACAGUUUGUGAUCUCACGCUGGGCACGGAGAAAAGUGGCCUCGCAGUUUGAUGACGAGUACCUUGAUGGAAGGAAAAGUUUUAUUUUGUCUUGGAACUCAAAGCACCGAACGAUCCACGAGGAGGCACUUCUGCACUUCUUUGAUCCAAACAAGGAAGGACAGAAGUUUCAAUAUCAACCAAAACCAAAGCCCCUCCCUGAGUUCCAGGUCACCUCGUCAGUAACCACCCCAGGAGAGGGUGAUAAGGUAGGGUGGUGCCAAAUACCUUUCUUUUUAUCGCUUUUCGGAUGGCUGAGUGAAGUAUGUUCCUCUCCUUCCCCUUCCCUUUGUUCACAAGUUAUCAUCACUUGCAAGAAAUAAGGAGAGUAUUUCUUUACGGGUUUACUCCCUAAACAGGUUAUAGAAGAAGGUGCCUCUGAUCAGCUUAUGGAUAAUGAUGUACCGAAUCUUGAACAUGAAAAAUCAACCCAGGACGAGAGGUCAGAAGAAUAUGGAGGUAACUAAUCAUUUUAUUGUUUACAAACUUAAAUUAAAAUGAUUAUUUUUGAAUAGGCUAAAUUGUAGCAACAUGCAAGAUCUGCCGUUAAUGAUUCUUGUUUUUUUAUUAUAAACAAAUAUAUUGCCUAACAAAUAUAAUUAUCACUAUCUUUCUGCGAGAAAAAGGGCAAGUCGGGUCAAUGUGCUUCACAAUUCAACAAAAUAAAACUCACUGGUUUCUUUGUUUAGUUGAAUUCGAGUAAUCCCUUUUACUUUUCUCUUUCUCGAGAUACUAUUUAACGUUCGUUGAAAACCAAUAUAUAAAUGAAUUGGUCAGCUCAAACACUGUGACAUGGAUAAUAAAAAGUUGUCUGUUUUGACUUGGAUGAACUACUGGCGAAUCUUUAAAGUAUUUGAUUACGAUUGAACCACCAUUAACAGGCGGCAGUGACUGCAAUCAUUUUUAUAAUUAGCUAGUAUGUUAAUAUCUGGCACUCUCCUUAGGCGCUGACAGAACACCUGCUCUAGUAAACCACCCAAAAGGAACAGUGUUGCUUGAAACGCACCUAAGAUACGGAAAAAUCUCUUCUGAGAAUAAAGACGUUGUGGAAUGGCAACAAGGGUGGCAGCCAUCUGAAAUAGUCAUGCAGGACCUGGAAGAAAGAUGGAAGCUGGUCCCGGAUGCUGAAGUGCUGUUCACCGCCGAUGGUGACGGCCUAGCCAACUGUGCCGUAAAAAUGAAUCCUUGGCAAAACUUUAAGUAUCAUAUGCGGAGCGCACAAAUGCACGCACAUGCGCACAUGCGCAUAUGCGCGUGCAUAUGCACAUGCACAUGCAUAUGCAUAAUAAUAAUAAUGAUAAUAAUAAUACACUUUACAAGAGGGUAGCACGGAAUAGUUACAAAAACUAGUUGCAUGCAAAUCCGCGGUGGGGAUGUUUGCAAUCGCCUCAGGUUUUACUAUGGAUUUGAGCUAAAUUUUAGGUGAAGUAUUCCCAUGUAUACUUGAUUAUCAUACAAUGAAUGUAGUCGAAUUACACUAGCUUGGUGUUCGAAAAAGUUAAUAAUCAGCUCCGUAGAAAUGAAAACAUUUUGAAAAUGAGCGCGCAGUCCAACAUAUGGACUGCGAUAUAAUGUUCUGAGUUGUCGAACUUACCUAUUCUUUAGAAGCUGCCGCAUUGAUGGUAGUGAAAUAUUCUCAG